ACGGACAACAAGAUUCAUUAUUUAAAUGCUUUACUGUUUUGAAAUCGCGCUAAGAACAAAAACCAAAACGGMGUCACGUGUUUAGYGUUUACUAGUAAAAUAGGCUUUCGCCGUAAAUAUGUCUGCGAUAAGAUGCAAAUUUUAUUUGCAAGGGAAUUGUUUUUACGGYUCAUCUUGUCGGUUCUCGCAUGAUCAACCACACCGCUCAAACAAUCAAUAUGACUAUGAAAAUCAAUCAAGGAGUAAUAGGAAUGCAAGCAAAAGUUAUUAUGAUAGCGGUAGAGAUUAUAAUGAUUAUUACGAGUAUGAAUCAAAAAGUAAAAACACUAACUACAAUUAUAGAAAUGAUUAUAACAGCAAGAAUAAUUAUCAUAAUCAGAGAAAUGAUUAUAAAGAAGAUUACAAUUCAAGUAAUCAUUAUGGAAACCAAGCUCAAAGACAGCWYAACGUAAAGAAUUACUAUAAAGAUGACAACAGGCAGGAUAAAAAAUCUAAUCAGGAAUAUGGUUAUGAUACAAACAAAGUGCAUUUCAGUUCAAAUAGGUAUAAGAAUUCAGAUGAUCAAAAACAUAUUCAUGGGUCCUAUGUCCAUAAAAGUAAUGACAGAGUUGAUGAAAAAAAAAAUAUAUUGAAACAGUAUGAAAAUGAAAAACGGAAUGUUGAUGACCUAUUUUUUAAAGUAAAAAAGCAGAAAGAAGAUAUUUUAAGAUUUGAAAACUGUGUACAAGAUGAUAUAGUAUCAACAUUUAAAAAAUGUGAAAAAUCUAAAUUUCCUAAUUUUGAAAACUCUAUUCAGAUGGACCCAAACAGCUACUGGGAUAUGACUAUCAAGUCUUUGGCAGCACCCAAUAACAAAAAAAGCGAAUUGGAGUCAUUUAGUUUUGUUUCCUCAAAAAACAAUAAGAACUCUAACAACGAGCCACAAUUGAAGAUACUCAUGCAAACUGAAGUAUAUGGUAAAAUAGACAAUGAUGCAUUUGCUCAAGAUCAUUUUACCGAAUUCAUACCUAUUAUGCCUCCGCCUAGAAAGUACUGUGUAUAACUUUUUUUUAAAUAAAUUAAUAACUAAGAUAAAGUAAAUAAUAACAAAAAGUAAUUAAAUUUGUAAGAUAAAUUAAUUAACUACAAAUCAUAGGUUUGAAUACA